GGGCCCCGCGUGCCGCGCUGAGCCCCGAGAUGCCCGCAGCGGCCGAGAUGCCCGCGCCGCCCCCGCCGCCGCCGCUGCUGCUGCUGCUGCUGCUCGCCUGCUGUGCGGGCACCUGCCCAGGUGCUCCAGUAUUAUCUCAAGGAUUACAGCCUGAACAAGAACCACAGCUGUGGAAUGAGAUAAGGGAUGCAUGUUCCGCUUUCCUGUCCCUUGACUCUCAGCCUCAGGCACCCAAUGCAUUGAAGGAGCUUUGCAUCACAAUUAUGGGGACUCUACCAAAGCCCCAGGAAACUGAUGAAAAAGAUAAUACCAAAAGGUUUUUAUUUCAUUAUUCAAAGACACGGAAGUUGGGCAAUUCAAAUGUUGUGUCGUCUGUCCUGCAUCCGUUACUGCAGCUUGUCCCUCAACUGCAUGAGAGAAGAAUGAAGAGAUUCAGACUGGACGAAGAAUUCCAAGGUCCUAUCGCAAGCCAAGUUCGAAGACAGUUUUUGUUCAGGCCACGCAAUGGAAGGAGGUCAGAAGGUUACAUUUAAAAUGGAUACCAACUAUUUUCUGCAGAAGCGGCACCAGAGAAUGCAAAAUGUUGACAUUCUCUUUUCUUCUCAGAAACAAUCCUUGCUAAACUUACCAUGUUUGAGAAUCCAUGUGUUGUAAACAUUCCCAAUAAAAGCCGGUUGAGAUUAUAAAUG